CGCCGCCGCCGCCCGAUGGCGAGGCCCCGGGAUUGCCUGCCCCGCCUGAUGGUGACGAUCCGGUCCCUGCUCUUCUGGUCCCUGGUCUACUGCUACGGUGGGCUCUGCGCCUCCAUCUCCCUGCUCAAACUUUUGUGGAGCAUCGGCAAGGGACCUGCGCAGACCUUCCGGCGGGUCGCCCGGGAACACCCUCCUGCGUGCUUGAGCGACCCCUCCUUGGGCACCCACUGCUACGUGAGGAUCAAGGAUUCGGGGUUAAGAUUUCAUUAUGUUGCUGCCGGAGAAAGAGGCAAACCACUUAUGCUGCUACUUCAUGGAUUUCCAGAAUUCUGGUAUUCUUGGCAUCACCAGCUAAGGGAAUUUAAAAGCGAAUACCGAGUUGUAGCCCUGGAUUUGAGAGGCUAUGGAGAAACAGAUGCUCCCAUUCAUCGAGAGCAUUAUAAAUUGGACUUUUUAAUUACAGAUAUAAAGGAUAUUUUAGACUCAUUAGGAUAUAACAAAUGUGUUCUUAUUGGCCAUGACUGGGGCGGCAUGAUUGCUUGGCUAAUUGCCAUCUGUUAUCCGGAAAUGGUGAUGAAGCUUAUUGUUAUUAACUUCCCUCAUCCAAAUGUAUUUACAGAAUAUAUUUUACGACAUCCUGCCCAGCUGUUCAAAUCCAGCUAUUAUUACUUCUUCCAAAUACCAUGGUUCCCAGAAUUUAUGUUCUCGAUAAAUGAUUUCAAGGCUUUGAAACAUCUGUUUACCAGUCAUAGCACUGGCAUUGGAAGAAAAGGAUGUCGAUUAACAACAGAAGAUCUCGAAGCUCAUAUUUAUGUAUUUUCCCAGCCUGGAGCAUUAAGUGGUCCAAUUAACCAUUACCGAAAUAUCUUCAGCUGCCUGCCUCUCAAACAUCACAUGGUGACCACUCCAACACUACUACUGUGGGGAGAGAAAGACGCAUUUAUGGAGGUUGAGAUGGCUGAAGUCACAAAGAUUUAUGUUAAAAACUAUUUCAGGCUAACUAUUUUGUCAGAAGCCAGUCAUUGGCUUCAGCAAGAACAACCUGACAUAGUGAACAAAUUGAUAUGGACAUUUCUAAAAGAAGAAACAAGAAAAAAAGAUUGA